AUGGCUGUUUUAAUUUUGAUCUUCAUGUUUUGUGCCACACGUAUAAAUCUUGUUUAUACGCUCAUUUUCCUAUCCCUGCCGAUCGUGUUCCUUCUCUUGUCAUCCGCAUACUGGCUGCUAGGUGAAGGAAGUGCCGCUACUCGGGACAGAUGUGUUAAGGGGGCUGGAGCUUCAUUAUUCGUUUCAAGUCUACUUGGCUUUUACCUGCUGGUUGUUCAGCUGUUCGAGGCCUUAGAAUUCCUAUUGCAUUUACCUGUCGGAGAUUUGGGACUGCUUUGGACCUGUAAUCCACAA